GGAAAUUUUGUUUGGACAGUGCUAAAGUGCUAAAAUUCUUUGCGAGAUGGAUGUCGUAGCUGUUUAACUUUCCGAUCAUAGCUGAGAAGAGAGAAACGAAAGUUAUGCUAAGUGAUAAAAGUUUCGCAGGAUUACGGCAAAUUGUUAAAAACGAUCUCGUCACGUGAACUUCUAUGCAUCGAUCAAUGGCUAUCGGUUCAAUAUAAACCGCUUUUUGCACUAGUUCUAGCAAAAGCUAUUUAAAGGACAUCUGGCCGUAUCGAAGAAAGUUAAAAUCGUUGGUGUUUUGAAAUUGUUUGCAGUUUUUUAAAAUUGUUUCCUGGGGACUCGUUUAAUAGAAAAGAAGUCAAACUGUUCGACAACGGCCUAAAGUUGGAUAUUUCCAGCUUUCCCCAUCAUAUGAACAUACGCAUGAGCACAAAGGGCAAGCGUCCGUUAAGGAGCUUGACCCCUAGUGACAAAGUUCAUGCUAUACAACGUAUACACGAUGGCGAGUCAAAAGCUUCGGUAGCCCGAGAUAUCGGUGUACCCGAAUCGACGUUAAGGGGAUGGUGUAAAAAUGAGGAUAAAUUACGUUUCAUGUCCCGUCAGUCCGCAGCCGAUAAAAUGGCUGAAUCAUUUAAUGAUAAACUGGAGGCAGGUGCUAAUCUUCUAAAUGGACCAUCAGAGAAAAGGCAACGUUUAGAUGCGGCGUUGCCUUUAAAUUUCUCUAAUAAAUUGAAAUUUGAUGAAUUGGCGGCCUUUAAAAGGAAUCAGGGACUGAAUGGUUUAGAUUACGGGACCAAUAAAGCCCUAAGUGAACUGAACAGUGGCUUUCCAGCAAUGAAUCAAGAUUAUGUUAGUUUCAAUGGUGCCAAUAAAGCAAAAGUUUUUGGUGCAGAUAUAUCACGUCCCACAGAUCCUUCAAUGACAGCCAUAAGUCCACUAUCUAGUCUGACUCAUCUCUCAGGUCUAACCGGAUUGGCUCAGUCCCCGUUGGCAAUUAGUUUUAACGAACUGACAUCGAAUUUAAGUCUAUUAGCUCAGCUUAACCCCGGUUUGGCGGCCAUGUCGGGAUUAAAUGGUUUGGCUGUAACGGCAAACACUUUAAGGCAGACUAAUAAACCAAAAUCAGGAAAUCAGGUAAAUAGUUCUCGCGGCGAGAGUAAUGCCAACUCGGACAGACAACCUAGUUUAACAGUUAAAAAUUGGGCCAAACAGAAACCUUCGACGCCAACUUCUACCGACGGUGGUUAUGGAUUAAAUUUAACCCAAACUGAUGUAAAACCUCAAUUGAAAAGCCCUAACUCGGUGUUACUAGCGACGCCUAUGGGAAAUAACAAUAUACCAUCGCUGCCAACAAUGACUGAAGAUCCUUUACUGUAUUGGCUGAAAUCGCAACAGGCUUUAAUGGGUUUAAAUAAUUUAUAUCCACCACCGCCACCACAAUUGGGCGCUACCAGCCCUCCUCUACGUUCAUCAACGCCACAAACUCAAAAUAGUAAUUUACAUACCAGUACUCCUCCGAUAAUGCCUACACCUCUAACGCCCUCUUCUACGCCCUCCGGUAGUUUAGAUGAUAAAAACGCACCUUGGUUGAAUUGGUAUAAGGCUCUUGGAGCUAGCUUAACUUCGCUAGCGCCUGCAGCGGCUUUUCAAGCCAAUGCCUUACAAAAUGUACCGCCUGUAAAAAGUUCGACAACCGACGGUAACAACGCUGAAGAUAUCCAUAGUGGGCAAAAAAGCGGUUUUGAGAAUAUCCUUUAUUCGCAAUUAACGAAAGAUUCGGCUCCUAGUCCUUCGGUGCAAAGUUCUUCUUCUGUUGAGCACAUAAGCAAUGUCGUCUCACCAAAUAUGGUUGACUUAACCAAUAAACCCGAAGAUCUUUCAGCAAAAACAAUUAAAACUAAUUCAAGCCCUUUACCUACACCGGCGCAAAGUCCAGAACCUAGCACAGAGCCAGAGUCCAUUGCCGUUAAGUCUUUUAGGCUUAAUGCGAGCCCAGCAUUAGAUAUGGAUAGUGAAAAUACAAACCAUCCACGGAAGAAUAAAAUGAAUGGAAACGAAUGCAAAACAAUGUUAGAUAAUAUUUUCUAUAAGAUAAACAACAACAACAACACCAACAGUAGUAACAAUAACAAUAAUAAUAAUCCCAAUAUAUCUUCAACCAUUAGCGAAUCGGAUAUAAGUUAUCAUAGCGAUCACAAUCUCGACGAAUUGGGUCAUAACAAUAACAAUAAUAACUCAAGUAAAACCGAUGAAGAAGAACGCGCUAAGUUAACUGAAUUCUGUGAAGAGGGCGACGAUGACGACGAAGAUGAUGGUGAUGGUAUCCCGGACAGUGAGCAACGUGAGGCCAUAAAGCAUGGCGAAAAGUUUUUACAGUGGCUGGAAAACUGCAGUAGUCCUCGAGUCACCGCCAUGCAACUGAUGCAAUUAAGAUGUUUAAUCGCUACGGUAAAGAGUGUUGAAGAGCCGAGAACAAAUCCUAGAGAGGAGCCUGCGAGUACAACGACUUUAACGGCUACCAUUGAAUUGGAAGAUUCCUCAGAAGAAAGUAGUCGCUGUAAAAUGCGUCGCCGAAAAUAGGAACAACCUCAGUGGGCGUCGCUAGAGUCAGCCGUAUUAGAUAUAACCGAAGACGACUCUACAGCCAGCAGAAUCUGCAGCAAGGAUUCACAGUCAAAAACUGAAUGUUUAUUAAAUUUUGAAAACUUUGCUCCUGCCAUCUAUCAAUCGUCGGCAACAUUGCUUAAUUCUUUAUUCUUUCCACCCUAUGAACUUGUUAAAUCCGACGAUUCCGAUUUGAAUGACGAGGAAGCCGAAGAAAUAAACGACAACGAAGACAACGAUGAUGACGCUCGUAGCGAAAAUGAAAGUAAAAAUCUCUCAACAUUUCAAAUAAAUUAAACGAUAACGUUGAUCAAAGAGCUUGUUUUUAACAUCAAUGUAGUAUAGACCGACCGAUGUGCAUACAAGAAAACACACACGCUCAUCGAGAAAGAGAGAGAGAGAGAGAGAGAGAG